AAUAAAUGAAAUGAGAAAACAACGAUAGCAAAAAAGAAAGAAAAACUAACAUUGUGCAAUAGUGUCCCUAUUUCAGAACCACCAUCUCCCCCGAAAACCCCUCUUCGAUGAACGAAAAUAAAAAGAAAACAAAAAUCGAAGAGAAAACCCACAAAAUAAUGGUGGCUCGUAAAAAAGUGAAAUAUUGUUAAUUUAGUUAGUGUUGCGUAGAAGCAGCUCACUGUCACACUGUUUAAAAACGUUCUCUUUGUCGGUUGCUCGGUCGUCGGUCCGCGCACAACACCCAAUAAAGUAUGAGAUUAUCGCUGAGCUGUGAUUUCGUUUCAAGAUUUCAUUGAAAUGUUCAAUGUGUCUGUGUGUUAAAGUAAUGGAUCUGUGCGCCUCUCCACCUCCUCUCCAUCGCAAAACAACAAAAGAGCAAUGACCUGUGGCAUUUCAUUAGUCUGGAGCAGCUAACUAAAUUAAGUGAAAAGUGUAUUUUAUUAGAAACAUAAAAACGUGAGCGAUUUUUUAAUGACAGCUAAGAAAUAAUACACCAACCGCACUGAUUUGAAAGUGAAAGUGAAAAAAAUUUGUAUAGAAUUAGAAAUAAUAAUUAAUUAAUUGAAAUUCAAAACACAAACCGACAGCAUGGCUUGGAAAUUUCGAAAAACAAAAAUACAAGGACUGCAGAUAUUCUAUAUCUGCAUCCUCCUACUCUGUUGUUUUCUUACCCUCACAAUCGGAGAAGAUGAGGGUACAAGUACGGAAGCAACACCGGCGCCGCCAAAAUCUUCAUCACCGCCGCCAGUUGCCAAACAAACGCCAAAAAUAACAAAAUCACGAGUAUUACCAACGCGACGGCCAGCGGCUCCAACAACUACCGUCAGGACAACAACCACAACGACGACGACAACAACAACAACUUCCACAACGGAGGAUCCAACCCUUUUUGAAACCACAACCGCCUUCAGUGACAUCUGCAUGCAUGGCAUUCAAGCAAUUGUGCCAAAUUCAGAAGAAGAUUUGACCGUCAUCAAAUCCGAGGAGGAAUUUGUCCACACCAUAGAGGGCGACUUGAUGUUGAGUGUCAUGACCACAGAUCCGGUAUCGGCAAUGUUUGUCAUCAAUCGUUUGAAUGUGGCCAAUCUGUUGGAGGCUGAUUUUGAAAUUGGUAUUCGCGCCAUUGCCUUAAGCUCCGAUCACUUGCUAGAAAAUGUGCUCCUGCAAGAGAUCAAAUAUCAACAGCAAUGUCUCACUCAUGCCAUAGGAAUAUUUAUUGACUAUGACUACUACAAGGAGUUGGAAAGUCUUAUAAGUGACUUGGAAUAUAAUAUUUGGCCCAUACCUUCCAUUCGCCUGGACUUAUUUCCCAAGGUGGCCCAUUUACUGCAUCAAAUGCCUUGGGGUGAUAAAAUUGCCUCGGUGGAAAUUCUCACGGAAAAUCUAAAUGUCUACAAUGAUUUUAUGGAUGCAACAAGGAAGGAGGAGAUGUGCCUGAUGCACUUCAAGAGUGACAACAACAUUUACAUAUUGUUCGGAAACAAAAUGGUCUCUCACUUCAAGGAGAACGGGACGAUAUUUGCUGUGCCAACGGAGAGGGUUGAGCGACAUUUUAUAUUGGAUUUACCCAACAAAUCCUAUAUUCUAAUGGAAAAUGAGAUCGAUUUGCGUGUGGUCGAUAAGAAUAUAACCCAAAUGACUCUGGAUGAACCGCUGAUAGGAAAAACCAUACUUCCCUCGAGAGUGUUGGCCUUUGCCCGACCUAUUGUUGAGCUGGCACGAUGGCUGAAAUCUUCACUGACAAAGAACUGUAAACGUGUGGAGGAGUUCUUUUCGCUGGACACAUGUGGUCAAUUCCUCGAGUUUGUGGGCGAUUGGGAGAAGCCGGAAAAUCGUUUACCCGUACAUGAUACCGCCGAGCUGUUGGAUCUAAUGCGAAUGCGCCAUUUGGGCGCCAUGAUGAAUUUUCAAAUGUUUCAAAAGCAGGUGGAAGAUCUGACGCCACCUGUCAUCAUUUAUGAGGAGGACAAAAUGAAGCUAAGGGAAAUUGCUGCUCAGAAUUUUGUGACAAAUAUCACGACGUAUUAUCACUACAAUCGCGAUAACCACACCAGCCUGGAGUUGAAGACGAAAUUUGGUCAUGUCUUUACGUGUCAAUUUACGGCGGGGGAAAAUUCGAGGUACCCUUUUCUUUUCGAUGGAGAAUCGGUUAUGUUUUGGAGAAUAAAACCCGACACCUGGGUUGCCACCGGCAUGACGGCAGCAAUAUUGGGCCUCAUCUGCACCCUGGCCAUUUUGGUGUUUAUUGUGGUGCGGAUCUCUUUGGGUGAUGUGUUUGAGGGUAAUCCAGUGACAUCGAUUCUGCUGCUGCUCUCUUUGCUGCUAAUGUUUACCUCAUUUAUUCCGUUCUCCAUUGAGUAUGUGGGAGAGCAUCGCAACUCUCAUGUGACCAUUGAAGAUGCGGCAACGCUGAACACCCUGUGUGCGGUGAGGGUUUUCAUCCUGACCCUGGUAUAUUGUUUUGUAUUCUCUUUGCUGCUAUGUCGUUCGGUAAUGUUGGCCUCAAUUGGCUCAGAGGGAGGCUUUCUAUCACAUGUCAAUGGCUAUAUCCAGGCCGUGAUUUGUGUCUUCAGUAUUUUGGUGCAGCUGGGAAUGUCCAUCCAGUUGCUGGUUGGCAUGCACAUUGCCUCCGACAAGGUAUCCUGUGAGAACAUGUACUAUGGCCAUUGGAUGUUUGGUCUGUUGGCCUAUGAUAUGCUACUGCUACUGAGCAUCAUUGCUCUGGUGCCGUUUAUAUAUCGGUCACAGAGGAACUACAGAGAGGGAAUUCUAAUUGUCAUUGGUUCGGUACUGAUGUUGAUCAUUUGGAUUGUAUGGAUCACCCUGUCGUUCUUUGGCGACGAAAUGCGUGAUGCUGCCUUGCCUUUGGGUCUCCAGGCCUCAGGAUGGGCUAUACUUGUGGGUAUUCUGAUACCAAGGACAUUUUUGAUUGUGCGAGGCAUAGAACGAUCGGAUAUUGCCCAAGCCCUACCAUCGCUGACGUCCCUGGCCUUUGCCCAAAAUCAUCAAUACUCUUCGGAACAAAGUGUCUAUGAAUGUGUGAAUCCCGCCAUGCGUAACAUCUCCCAGGAUGAGUUACAUCACCAAUCGCCCAGUGAAAUUCCCACAUUACCCUUACGGGGAGGUGGUGGUCCCAGACGUCAACAGUUCUUUGCCAACUUGCGACAGGCCAAUGCCCACAUUGGAAAUCAGCGCCAGAAUACCACUCGAGUAAAUCGUGACAAUAGUCCCGCCCAUUCAGUGCAGGAAUCUCUGACACCCUCCGAUUCACCUGAAAGCAGUAAAAUUACCAGGUUUUAGAAUAUCCAAAACAAACCAAAAAAAUUAAAAUCCAGGAGAGAAAGAUUGGCAUAACGAAUGAGGUCCCUAAAAACAAAACGAAAAAUAAAAAUUAUGCUUCCAUCUACCAACAACAACAACACCAAUAUGGACCACAAGAAAUAAAAUUCAACAUCAAAAAUUCCCCAUUUUAGUCUUUAGUUUCUAAGAACGUGGAUAACGAACACUUUUUGAAAAUUGUCAAUUUUUUCAAAAUAUAUUUUUAAGUUUGCAACUUUAUUGGAAUACUUUUAAGACUAUUUUAUCUUAUUUUAGUUAUAAGUCCCAAAAAUUUGAAACUAUUCUAGUCAAAACCCAAAUACCUUGAAAGGAAAUUUUUGAAAGUAAAACCAAAAAACAC